ACAACUUGUAUCCGUACAUGUGUCGCAAUGAUUCUUGUGAUGUGAAGAAAACGCUAUUGAAUGGAUCUCCAUCUCUCUGAUUGAUUUUGCUCAUGAAUUCUCUCUUCAGAGAGAUAUCGAAAGAUUUGAAAAAGCUUAUGACCUUCAGGGAGGAAGGACCGACAGUUGGGAAGAAAUGUCGAGAUCGAGAACCGAGGAUAAGGAGCUCCGGCGAGCGUGCGAAGCCGCAAUUGAAGGCACCAGACAGAGGAUUAUAAUGGCGAUUCGUGUUGCGAAAAGCAAAGGUGCAUGGGGUAAAGGAAAAAUAGGCAAAGGUCAGGGGAUGGCUAAACCUAGGGUUCUUGCCAUCUGCACAAAAGCAAAAGGUGAACAAACCAAGGCUUUUCUCCGAGUCUUAAAGUAUACGAAUGGAGGAGUUCUUGAGCCUGCAAAAAUAUACAAGCUGAGGCGUCUUGCGAAGAUGGAGGUUGUAACUAGUGACCACAGUGGAUGCACAUUCAUGCUGGGUUUUGAUAAUAUUAGAAACCAGAGAGUUGCACCUAUUCAGUGGACCAUGCGCAAUCUCGAUGAGAGGAAUCGUCUCUUGGUCUGUAUUCUUAAUAUCUGCAAAGACGCAAUGGGUCAUCUACCGAAAGUUGUGGGUAUUGAUAUUGUGGAGUUGGCUCUUUGGGCCAAGGAACAUACAUCAGCAGUUUCUAAGCUAGAUAAUGAUGAAGAUGGAGGCACAGAUGUGGGUUCAGAAGGUGACUCCAUGGUUACAAUGGAAAAUGAUCUUGUGUCGCAAGCAGAAGAAGAGGACAUGGAAGCUCUUCUAGGCACAUAUGUCAUGGGCAUUGGGGAAGCAGAAGUCUUUUCUGAAAGGUUGAAACGAGAACUUCACGCUUUGGAAGCAGCAAAUGUGCAUGCAAUUUUGGAAAGCGAGCAUUUGGUAGAUGAGGUGUUGCGGGGACUUGAGUCAGCUACAACUUAUGUUGAAGACAUGGACGAAUGGCUGGCGAUUAUUAAUGUGAAGCUCAGACAUAUGCGGGAGGACAUCGAGGCGAUAGAAGCACGCAACAACAAGCUGGAAAUGCAGUCUAUAAAUAAUAAAGCUUUGAGUGUGGAACUGGAUACGCUUCUUGAUAGAUUGCAUAUCCCUCCCGAGGUACAUUAUUUCCAGCUGGAAUUAACUUCAGUCUCCUUUGAUGAGGCGUCCAUGCGUCAAAAUAUUAAAUUAUGUGAUCGGCUAAGGGACGCUUUGCGUGGUCUUGAUGCAUCUACUUUGGGUCCGGACUAUGCAAAAAUUAGAGCUGUCAAGGAAAAGACGGCGGAACUUAACAUCAUAAAAUUGACUUUUGUACGAAGAGCCUGUGAGUUUUUGAGAGACUAUUUCGUUAGUUUGGUGGAUUCCAUGAUGAAUGAUAAAAGCUACUUCUCUCAGCGUGGGCAACUAAAGAAGCCUGAUCAUGCCAAUCUCCGCUCUAAAUGCUGGAUUUAUGCUCGUCUUUUGCAACACAUGAAGAUUCUAGAUAAAAAUUGUCUGGGUCCUUUGAGGAAAGCUUAUUGUCACUCCAUUAAUCAGCUUUUACGGCGUGAGGCUCGUGAAUUCUCUAACGAGCUUCGUGCUGGUACUAAAGCACCAAAAGUUCCAAGUGUAUGGUUUGAAGGUUCUACUGGUCCCAACCAAAAUGUUAACAACAUAGACACUUCCAUGGUUUCUGGAGCUUAUUCCAAAAUGCUCGCGGUAUUUAUCCCACUCCUUGUUGAUGAGAGUUCAUUUUUAUCACACUUCAUGCGGUUCAAAAUUUCUACACCUGAUCCACCAAGUCAUGAUGAUGAUGCCAGUGAUGAUGAUUUAGGCAUGAUGGAGAUUAAUGAAAAUGAUGUCAACCAGGGUACUCUGGAGAUGGGGCCGUUAAAUGAAUCACUUCGUGAUUUACUAGAAGGAAUACAAGAGGACUUCUAUGCAAUUGUGGAUUGGGCUCACAAGAUUGAUCCUUUGCUGUGCAUUUCAAUGCACGGUACAACAGAGCAAUAUAUUUCUGAUCAGAAAGUAGAUGCAGCCGGAUAUGUGGGCCUCUUACUUGAUGCUCUGGAAGAUAGAAUUACUACGCUAUUUAUUCGCUUCGUAGAUGAAGCCCGUCACCAGAUAGAAAAGCAUGACAAAAAUGUUAAACAGACGGGUGUCAUGUCAUUCGUACCCAGAUUUGCAGUGCUUGCCACUCGCAUGGAGCAGUAUAUCCAGGGACAGUAUAGGGAAUUGGUUGAUCAAGCAUAUAUUAAAAUUAUCGGGAUCAUGUUUGUGACGCUGGAAAAGAUCUCCCAGUCAGACCUAAAACACUCGGAUAUUUUUCUUCUGGAGAACUAUGCUGCAUUCCAGAAUAGUCUGUAUGACAUGGCCAACGUUGUGCCACCUUUAGCUAAAUUUUAUCAUCAAGCAAGUGAAUUUUAUGAACAGUCUUGUUCACGUCAUAUCAGCGUUGUCAUAUACUAUCACUUUGAGCGGCUUUUCCAGUUUGCUCGAAGAAUUGAGGAUUUGAUGUUAACUAAUGCGCCAGAAGAGAUACCAUUCCAGGUUGGAAUGUCAAAAGCGGAUCUUAGAAAGGUGAUAAAAUCCAGUUUAUCAGGGGUCGAUAAGCACAUCACCUUAAUGCAUAAGAAACUGGUGAAGAACAUGACCUCUGAGGAAUUGAUGCCUACACUAUGGGACAAAUGCAAGAAAGAAUUCUUGGACAAGUAUGAUAGCUUUGCUCAGCUGGCAGCCAAGGUGUACCCGAGUGAAAGCAUUCCCUCUGUAACAGAAAUGAGAGAUAUUUUAGCAUCCAUGUAGAUUUUUGGAAUCUUCAGAUAAUCGAUCUUGGAAGUAAAGAUUGAAGGGGUCAAAUUGGGUGGGGGCACAAAUGGCCUUGAUCUGCACUACACAAUUGCUGUCAAUUUGGAGUCUCUUGUUCAAGAUUUCAUUGAUGAUGUUUUAA